UCGUGUCUCCCACACCAUACACGACUUGGCAGCUCACUUUUCCAGAUGUAUUUUUUCUCUGCUGGGGAAAAUUGCGGUGUUUGUUUAUACAAGGCGCUUGUGCCGGCCUUAUCUGCUCAGGCCACUCACACCGUGAUUUCAGAGCUUCAGCAUGUAGUUUACGGGCUAUUGUUCUGUCGAAUGGCUUCUAAAGAUAUGCUCAUGGCCUCCCACCUCAUUAUAACCAACUUGCAAGUUCUGAUUUUUAAAACACCCUAUCUGUCCCCCGCCCUGUCUCGCAUGGGUUUGAGUUUAGUCGACGUUGCCAAGCAUAGAAAAAGGUUAUGAUUUCCAUAGAUUUUUUAAUGACUAAGUCAAUAGCCUAUUGAUAGGCAUACAUACGUGUUGGUGUAGCCUAUUGGGUAUUCGCUAUUGACCUAAUUGGGGAAAACAUUUUCUCAAUACAUAGGCUAUUUUUGAACUGGCCUAAUUGAAAUAAAAUAAUUUGUAGAUCAAGUUGUAUUCCUAUAAAAUAAUAUAUCUAGGAUUACACUAAUAAACUCUCCAUUCAUUAUCUGAUUAUGAAUGGGUUGUCAAUUUAUCAUGGGAGUAAGAUAGCCAAAUGGGCAUGCAAUGUUAAUUAGAUUUUGGGCGCUCAAUUGACCAUUUUAUGAUACAUUUUUGUGAAUGGGUGUGUGUGUGUGCGGCUGCCAAAUCUGUGUUCGUGAGUCGUGGCUGACGUCACGGCCAGUUAAACCGCAGUGUUUUGGGACAGGGGGACGGGGAGUCACGAAGCAAGAUGACACAUUCCUUUGCGCCGGGAAGCAGGCACGCCCCUCCAAGCUCCGCUGCUUUAUAACGGGACUGGGCCGGGCAGAGGGAGACUACACAAUUGUAACUCUGAACUCCAAGUGGAAGCAACUGUUCCAGUCAAAGAUGUACUGGGAUACCAUCCUGAAAUCCAACGAGAGAAACAUAGAUACCAGAGACUCUAAAAUAAAGAUGGAGAUAUACCAAGCUGGAUAUUAUAUGGAAGACUUCAGAACACAGGAAGUCCCUGCUGGUUUGGACUUCGCAUCAUAUGACUACAGUGAUGAAGACCUGUCUUUUCUAUUAGACAGUAAAGGACCAGGGCAGCAGCAACAGUAUCCAGAGAGUUAUGGAGAGCUGCAGAAGAAUCCACGUCCGUACGACAACAAAGUAACCUCAAGUGACUCUGUCCUGUUCAACCUGGAUUCAUACCCAGAGUUUAACUGUUGGGCGUCAUACCCAAGUGAUGGGCUGACUUUGGGCCAGUCUCAAGCGGGGUUCCAGGAAUCCACCCAGACGUACCACAGCCUUGUGCCCCUGUGUUCCCCAGCCCAGAGUGGACAGUUCAGCCCGGGCAUGGAGGAUGCCAGCACCAGCAACUCUUUCCUCCCUGGAAAAGGAACGAGCCACAGAGGGACACCCAGCACUGUCAGCCUGGACCACCUCAAUGAAUCUGAGCAAAGCUACACCCGUCACUCUGGUGAAAAACUGUAUGACUCAGGAGCACAGAAGACCUCCUUCUGGCCGGACUACCCCUCUCCCAGCUAUAGCGCAUCCCUGCCGCCCCCUCACCACCCUCCAUCUUGUUCCUCAAUCCCUAGACCACAGCAGCCCUCAGAGCUGUACUGCCCCCGUGUGGCCAAACGCAAAAGUGCACACUCCCAAAGACCCGAGAGGGAAGGAGGACAAGUGAUGGGAAUGUCAGUUUAUCCAGGAUCAGGGCCCAUCCAAUUGUGGCAGUUCUUACUGGAGCUGCUUCUAGACUCCGCCUGCUGUACCUUCAUCUGCUGGACAGGAGACGGUUGGGAGUUCAAGAUGUCCGACCCAGCAGAGGUGGCCAAGCGCUGGGGUCAGUGUAAGAACAAGCCCAAGAUGAACUAUGAGAAGCUGAGCCGCGGCCUGCGCUACUACUACCACAAGAACAUUAUCCACAAAACGACGGGCAAGCGCUACGUCUACCGCUUCGUCUGUGACGUGCAGGGGAUGCUGGGAAAGACGGCACAGGAGGUCCUAGCCAGCCUGAACAUUUUACCCACGGGUACAGAGUCAGCCUGGCAAGGCCAGGGGGCACCAGUAUUAUCGCCAGAGUCCAGUGAAGCAUGGGUGUCGCAGUAGGGGGAGUGUACCAGCAGCUACACCACUAGAAAUAUGCUAUGUAGAACAAACAUGCCUCUUAGACAUGUCGAAAAUGAAUCACAUUGGCUCUAUUUAUGGCAUUUCUAUCUGCAACAUUAGACAAUGUUUGGUGUAAGACUUUUAUUACCAAGUGAUACAGUAGUAGCCAUAGCUGUGGGAAGUAGGGGUGCUAAAGUAGGGGUGCAGCACCCCCUGAAAAUCAGAGUAAACCAAUUCUGUAGUAGCCUUCCAUUUGAUUGAAUUUUAGUGUAUGACUUACCUCUUAUUAACAUCAGCAUAAUAAGAGCUCAAUGAAACUGUAAGCCCAGCUGUCUCCAAUACUGAUGCUCUUUAUGUUAAUUGCAUGGUUAGUGAUUAACAACCCCCCUCAUCCUCAAGUACUUAUUGCCCCCUCUAAAAGAAUGGGUGCAUGACACCACUGCUUACCACCCAUGCUGUUGAACAAUGUUCAACAUUAACUUUGACUGUGAGGAUCUAUUUUUAUACCCUAACAUAUCUACCUCUUUUAUUGCUGACAAAAUAAAGCUAAGAGGGACCAUGCUUGUUCUGUUGAAUAUAAUGUGUGUGAUUUACAUGCUUUAGGGAACAAUAUUGUUUGUAAAAUGAUUGUAAAUAAACUGUACAUAACUUGAAAAUACUA